GCGCCACUGAGCUGCACUCUGCCCUCUGCACGCCUUCCUGGAUCCUCCGAGGCCUGGGUGGAGAAAGCCCCUUCCUCUGCCCAGCCCCACGACCUUCGCCUGUCUGAGCUCUGGUUAAUUUUUGCCCAGCGUGCGGACUUCGCGCCCCUCCCUCUCUGGGAUAUAAGUCUGGCCCUGGGCUGCCUGGCUCCCGGCCUGGCCUGAUCCUUUCCGAGCUGCCCCCCACCCUCACCAUGGCCAAUGGCUUCUUCAUUUCCAAGACCGUGGGCAUCUUGGGCAUCCUCCUAGCCGUGGCGGCUAUGAGCACCAUCAUCGCCCUGUCCGUGGUGUACGCCCAGGAGAAGAACAGGAAUGACCAGGCUUCCUCAGGAAACUCCCCGUCAGUGAUCCCCCCGACAUCGACCCCCCCGAAAGUGACCUCCCCGACAGGCUCCACGAGCUCCUCGGCCACCACUUUGGACCAAAGCAAGCCAUGGAACCGAUACCGCCUGCCCACAGCGCUGAUACCCGACUCCUACAGCGUGACGCUGAAGCCCCACCUCACCCCCAACAGCAACGGCCUGUACAUCUUUGAGGGCAACAGCACCGUCCGCUUCACCUGCAAGGACGCCACCGACGUCAUCAUCAUCCACAGCAAGAAGCUCAACUACACCUCAGAAGGGAAGGAAAGGGUGGUCCUGCGGGCCGUGGACGGCUCCCAGCCCCCUAACAUCAGAGACACUUUUCUGGUGGAGGUCACCGAGUACCUGGUGGUGCAACUCGAGGGCUCCCUGGAGGUCAACAAGAUGUACGAGAUGGACAGCAGUUUUGUGGGGGAGCUGGCUGAUGACCUGGCGGGCUUCUACCGCAGCGAGUACGUGGAAGAUGGCAUCAAAAAGGUGGUGGCCACGACUCAGAUGCAGGCAGCGGAUGCCCGGAAAUCCUUCCCGUGCUUUGAUGAGCCGGCUAUGAAGGCCCACUUCAACAUCACCCUCAUCCAUCCCAAGAGCCUCACGGCCCUGUCCAACAUGCUGCCCAUAGAGAGCCGCCCCGACGAGGCCGACCCUGAAUGCAAUAUCACCUCCUUCGCGACCACGCCCAAGAUGUCCACGUACCUGUUGGCCUACAUCGUCAGCGAGUUCAAGAGUGUGGCAGGCGUGUCUCCCCAUAAUGUCAUGAUCCGGAUCUGGGCUCGGCCCAAGGCCAUCGACGCAGGUCAUGGCGCCUAUGCCCUGAACGUCACAGGCCCCAUCCUCAGCUUCUUUCACAAGCAUUACAAUACCUCCUACCCACUCAGCAAAUCUGACCAGAUCGGCCUGCCCGACUUCAACGCCGGCGCCAUGGAGAACUGGGGGCUGGUCACCUACCGGGAGAACUCGCUGCUCUACGACCCGGACUCCUCCUCCAUCGGCAACAAGGAGCGGGUGGUCACCGUGAUCGGCCACGAGCUGGCCCACCAGUGGUUCGGGAACCUGGUGACGGUGGCCUGGUGGAACGACCUGUGGCUGAACGAGGGCUUCGCCUCCUACGUGGAGUACCUGGGAGCCGAUUCCGCGGAGCCAGACUGGAACCUGAAAGACCUCAUGGUGCUGAACGAAGUGUACCGCGUGAUGGCCGUGGACGCGCUGGCCUCCUCGCACCCGCUGUCCACCCCCGCCAACGAGGUCAACACGCCCGCCCAGAUCAGCGAGCUGUUCGACUCCAUCUCCUACAGCAAGGGAGCCUCGGUGCUCAGGAUGCUCUCCAACUUUCUGUCGGAGCCCGUGUUCCAGAAAGGCCUGUCGUCCUAUCUCCACACCUUUAAAUACGGGAACACCAACUACUCGGACCUGUGGACGCACCUGCAGCAGGCUGUUGUCGAGAGUAACGUCCAGCUGCCUAACACGGUGAGCGACAUCAUGGACCGCUGGAUCCUGCAGAUGGGCUUCCCGGUCAUCACGGUGGACACCAGGACAGGGGACAUCAGCCAGAAGCACUUCCUCCUUGACCCCGAGUCCAACGUCACCCGACCCUCGCAGUUCAACUACCUGUGGAUCGCGUACAUCACAUCUAUGAAAAAUGGCCAGGAGCAGAAGCCCUACUGGAUGCCGGGCCAAAGCUCAGCCCAGAACAAUGAGUUCAAAACCGUGGGUAACGACUGGCUCCUGCUGAAUAUCAAUGCGACGGGCUAUUUCGUGGUGAACUACGACGCAGACAACUGGAAAAAGAUUCAGCAGCAGCUGCAGGAUGAUCAUUCGGUCAUCCCUGUCAUCAAUCGGGCCCAGGUCAUCCACGAUUCCUUCAACCUGGCCAGUGCCGAAAUUGUCCCUGUCACCCUGGCACUGGACACCACCAACUUCCUGAAUGCUGAGACCGAGUACAUGCCCUGGCAGGCGGCCCUGGACAGCCUGAGCUACUUCAAGCUCAUGUUCGAAACCUCCGAGGUCUAUGGCCCCAUGAAGCACUACCUGGCGAAGCAGGUCAAGCCCCUCUACGAUCAUUUCCAAAAUAUCACCAAUAACUGGACCAACCGUCCAGCAACGCUGAUGGACCAGUACAACGAGGUGAACGCCAUCAGCACCGCCUGCUCCAAUGGGCUGACUGAGUGUCACAUGCUGGUCAAGAAGCUUUUUGAAGAUUGGAUGAAUAAGCCUGAUGCUAAAAACCCGAUCCACCCCAACCUGCGGUCGGCCGUCUACUGCAACGCCAUUGCCCUGGGGGGCGAGAGGGAGUGGGACUUCGCCUGGGCGCAGUUCCGGAACGCCACCCUGGUCAAUGAGGCCGACAAGCUCCGCUCGGCCCUGGCCUGCAGCAGAGAGCCCUGGAUUCUGAGCAGGUACCUGCGCUACGCCCUGGACCCCAGCCUCAUCCGGAGGCAGGACGCCACCUCCACCAUCAGCAGCAUCGCUGGCAACGUCAUCGGGCAGGAGCUGGCCUGGGAGUUCGUGCAGAACAACUGGAAGAAGCUGUUUGAGGAUUUCGGCGGCGGCUCCUUCUCCUUUGCCAACCUCAUCCAGGCGGUGACCCGGCGAUUCUCCACUGAGAACAAGCUGGAGCAGCUGGAGUGGUUCAAGGAGAAAAACAAGGACACGGGCUUCGGCUCGGCCACCCGGGCUCUGGAGCAAGCCCUGGAGCGGACGAAAGCCAACAUCAAGUGGGUGCAGAAGAACAAGGCGGCCGUGCUGGAAUGGUUCACCACCCACAGCAAUUAGUCCCCGGCGCUCCACCCGCCUGGCCCCGUGUGCACCUGCGCCGUGGCCCAGGCCAGGCCCCUCCUGCAGCUCGAGGCCCCAGCGUCUCCCCUCAAGGACGAAGUCUUGGGUCCAGGUUCUCUCCGCACUUCCCCCGGGGUCAGCCCUGUUCCCGAUGUCCAGGCUCCUGGCCCCUCCCAGCCCCUGCCCCUCGAGCUGCCCCACCCCAGGCCUGGCAUGUGCCCGGCACCCAGAGCCCGGGGCCUGAUCUCAGGGAAACACAGCUCUAGGCCCAGGUGACCAGGUGGACAAUGAAUGGCCCUGGGGUCUGCCCCGUGCCCGCUCUCGCGUCCCAUGAAACCCUGAACCGGAGGAAGCAACAGAGCACCAGAUCUGUAUAUUUUUAUCUAAGAGAAAAUGUAAAUAAAGGUAACUAGCUGAGCUUCUGUCUCUUCAAGCGAGAGUGAGGGUGAGUUGCAAGCAGCGAGGAGACUGGGAUGGAGGACCCUGGAUGGAUGGGAUGUACUUGGGGGCCCAGGACCCUCGGGGAGCACCAAGGGAGCACUCACUUUUCGUCAGUCCUACA